CUGAUUGUGUUCUGAGGGUUAUUGCGAACAUGUAACAAACUGCCACAAAAGCGGGAACUAUCUGUACGGACGUGUGGAGCUCGGGAUAUACAGAAGGAUGUUUAUGUGGAAGAAGGCGUUACAACUAAGACACGUAGAGCGUUGCCUGUGACAGGAACUAAACAGAAGUUGUUGGGAUCUAUUUGAAUGACUAGAGUCAAGUACGCUUAUACACAUAAUGGCGUCAAAUUCCAGUUUCAGCAGGUUUCCGCUGAUGACGAUGUUGUUCAGUCUGUUUCUGAUACUCGGAAUAGCUCUGUACGUUGUAUUGUACCAAGGAACAACAGUGAUAAACUUGCACCCUCAUAUGCAUGCGAUAGGGAGUAUGUUUAUAGCACCGCCCCUUCCUAAACCAAAACCAGUGAAGCGUGUCACCUAUUAUAACAGACCAUCGUGGAUAAGCCGAAACGUGUUUGACACGUGUGACGACCGUUGCGAGAUGAUUUCGUCAUCAAACUAUAAAAAUAGUGACGUAGUUGUGUUCCAUGCGUCUGAUAUACAUAUGGGUACUCCUUUGAGGAAAUACAGAGGACAAACUUGGGUGUUUCAUGCUAUGGAACCGCCGUUUCUCAUUCCAAGUUUCAAAAAUUGGAAACGGUUAUUCAACUGGACACUUAGCUACAGACGAGAUGCCGACAUUUUUAAUCCAUAUAGUACUUUUACACGUAGAACAGACGUAGGGAAUAAGGAUACACAGCAUAUUAUUAGGUGGGAGAAUAAAACUAGGAAUAUUGGAUGGAUAGUUUCACAUUGUGGAAUUGAAAGUCAAAGACUAAAAUACGGAGUAAAACUUAAACAAACUAUUGAUGUUGAUACAUUUGGCCGUUGCGGGAAACUUCACUGCCCGAGAGGCCAAUGGCAAGAGUGUCUCGAAAAGUAUAAAUUCUAUGCAUCGUUUGAAAAUUCUUUAUGCAUAGACUACAUAACGGAAAAGAGCUUCCGGGUAUUCGAACGGAACAUAGAUUCAAUACCUGUUACCCGUGGUGCUCCUGACUAUUCUAUGUUCCUCCCCCCAGGAUCUUUCGUAAACACUAGAAACUUCUCAUCAACUAGCAAUUUAGGUAAUUUUUUAAAAAGGUUGUCAGAUGACAAACUUACGUUUAUGACAUAUUUCAAGUGGCGUCAGUACUACAAAGCUGAAGAUCAGAUAGACAGUAAGAUGGGUUUUUGUGAAUUAUGUAGGAGAUUACAUAAUCCUACACAGAAAUAUAGACGACUGUAUGAGGAUAUUGAUGAGUGGGUAAGACAGGGAGCAUUACCUCGACGUUCUUGUAGACCUGUUGUAGACAUAAUAUAAUGUUGUUCUGGCCUUCUUUGAUUAUUGUGUAUUAGUCAGGGGCGUUGAAAAUUUAGUUUCAUUCAGGAACGAAGACUUUUGUGUAUCGAUCAGCGGCGAUGAUAUUUGUGGGGGUUUUCAUGGAAGAUGACAAUUGAAUAUCGUGCAGGAGCGAAGAUAUUUGUGUAGCUUUCAGGGACGAUGACAUCUGGGUCUUAGUCAGUGGCGAUGACAUUUGUGUAUCAUUCAGGGCCUAUCUUGUGAUGCACGACUACGUUACAUCCCCUACCUUGUGAUACACAUCCAAAUAGCAUCGCCUAUCAUGUGUCGCAAUACAAGUUUUAACACCUGUUCUGUAAUACACAUCGUGUUAACAUCCCCUAUCGUGUGACACAUUACAAGUUUCAACGCCUGUUCAUGACACACAUGCUAGUAACAGCGUCUUACCUGUGAUUCACAUCCAAAUAAUAUCGCCUAUCAUGUAAGACACGUCAUAGUAACGUCGAACACCUCUAUCAUAAUGAUAAUCCCUCCUGUAUAUGUGGUUACAAUAAUGAAGAUGUGAGUCACUUCUUUCUGCAUUGCCCUAGAUAUAUGACUCAAAGACAAAAUAUGUUAAUAUCUGUCUCAUUUACAGCUUUACAUAAACUUAAAUUUACGCUUAAACUUGGACCUAAACAUUUAUGAACAUCUUAUGUUUAAUAUAAAUAUAUAUUGACUAAAGGAAGUAUAGUUUCCUUAGUGAAUAUCUUAACUCUGCUAUUCGUGUUUGUGUUCAGAGAUAUAUAGAAUCAACCAACAGAUUUUGAAAUAUCUUAUGUAUGC